UCAUACAUUCAUUCUUGAAAAGAGACAUUUGAUGAUCAGUUUGGAAGCUUAUGACACGCGUCCUUUCCCUAAAUAGACAAGUCUCCAAGUCUAAAGCAUGGGUUCUUUCGAUCAGCGUCUAACCCCAUCCCUUUCUAAUUCCUUGUGCCUAUAAAACUUCUCUCGUCGGUCUUCAGACUCCCAUUGCACCAACAACAUUAAUUACCACAAACCACUUCUCUCUCUCACUCUCUCUCUCUCUCUCUCUCUCUUCAUGGAACCACUAAGUAUUGGAAGAGUGGUGGGAGAGGUGGUGGACAUUUUCACCCCAAGUGUUGGAAUGACUGUAGUUUACAGCUCUAACAAGCAAGUUGCCAAUGGCCAUGAGCUCAUGCCUUCUGUCAUUAUUUCUAAGCCUCGUGUAGAGAUUGGUGGGAACGACAUGAGGACUGCUUAUACACUAAUUAUGACAGACCCAGAUGCUCCAAGUCCUAGUGAUCCAUAUUUAAGAGAACAUCUCCACUGGAUGGUCACAGACAUUCCUGGUACCACAGAUGCUUCUUUUGGAAAAGAAACGGUGGGGUAUGAGACUCCGAAGCCGGUUGCCGGCAUCCAUAGGUACGUGUUCAUCUUGUUCAAGCAGAGAGGAAGACAGACAGUGAGGCCUCCGGAUACAAGAGACCAUUUCAACACAAGAAGUUUCUCAGAAGAGAAUGGUUUGGGCCUGCCAGUGGCCGCAGUGUUCUUCAAUGCACAGAGAGAAACCGCUGCAAGAAGAAGAUGAAUCAAAGCAAUGAAGAGAUCGAAUAAAGAUGUUUGUUUUUCUUUUUUCAGUUUCCAAUAUCCUUCCUCGCUACUAGGUUUUGGGACCUCAUAUGGGUCCCAUCACUUUUUAGGUUUCUUUUAAGGAUUUAGUCGAUGAUCGAUAGUGUCCAUAUGCGAGAAGAAAAAUGUUAGAUUUACAACACCAAUUGUUGUACGGUUGUUGUAUUGGUGUUGUACAAGAAUCAAAUCCCAUGCGAGAAAUGGUUGUGAGACAUAAUUUUCGUCCAAUUUUAUUUACUUUAUUUUUAUUUUUUA